AAAAUACGAUCUUCCACGACCGAUAAUAUCGACUAACUUACGAGGGCAAUGAGGCGCAUUAAGUCUAAAAAUAAGACGGAUUAAAUUGUUAGAAAACUAUGAUUCAAGUGAAUGAUUAAAAGAGGUCAGGAGUAAACAAUUAAUUCUCAAUCUCUUGAUUGCUUGAGAAAGUGAUAGGAUAAUUUUAAAGCUAGUCUAAUAACGUAAGCUCUCUUUACCUAGAUUCAUCACAUUGGUAGAACGGCGAGGUGCUGCCUGGUACGCUGCUCUUUGAACUGGUGUCUCACUCGUAUUACCACAGAGCCUUAAAUUUUGAUAACAACAAGUUUAUUUAAGUUCUUUAUUUCAAUCAAUUAUGCCAACUAUUUUUGUCUCAAGAUUAAAAAAAAAAAGUUUAUAAUAGAAUAAAAAAAAAAAAAAAAAGAUAAUAAUAAUGUAAGCAACAGACAGGAUCAUGAUAUUUAUGUAAAGUUCAGUGAAAUAUAUAUAAAUUAUGAAGUCCUAAAGAAUGAGACUUCCUAAGGAUGAAGCCUCAGAUAAUAAAGAAGAAGAGGAAGUGGUGGAAAAUAAUCAGGUUGUAAUAGACCCUAUAAAUGAUGAAAAUGCUGAUGUUCCAUUGGAUGUUGAUUUGGUACCAUUAGCUCUUCCAUUGACUCUUUAUGAACGUUUCUUACGUACAAAGCACAUUGUAAAAAAUGCAAUAGCAGCACAUCAUACUUUUAUGAUUUACGGCCGUGCCAAAGUUAUUCGAGAGUGUUUGCUCAAGCGAGGCUGGAUUGAAAAAUUUUAUCGAAGGAACAGUAAUGGUGAACGAUCGAGACACCAAAAUCUGAUCACCCGAGCGAAUCGUCGUUCACGAAUGCAGAACGUUUUUUCUGAUCAACAAUAUGAGCAGCAACAGGAGAGAAUUCAAUCACAUCCUCAACAACACUUUGGAGUAGAUUCAAGUCCUGUAAUUCUACUUUCUGGAAUUGGUGAUCUUAAGGAUGAGAGAAGUCAGCAAUUGCUGAUUUCAAAAAUGCUUGCUAAUUAUACUGUUAAUUUUUUGUGGAAUUCUGGAUCAGAUUGGUCCGGAUGGCCAUCACAAGACAACAAAACAACUAUUUUCAAUCGAUAUUCCAGAGCAGGGUUUACUUCUAAGGUUGGAUUGUGUUCAAAUGUUCGACAAAUGCAUUGGUACUAUGAACCGGGUGUUGCUAAUACUCUUUUUCCACGAUGCUAUAAUAUUUGUCAAGCAGAUCAUUUACAUGCUUUUAUUGAGGACUUUAGGCUCACUGCUUGUCUCAGUUUAUUAAAAUGGUUUGUAGAGAAAAUGGAUAAUGAGGGUGAAAGUAUAAUGGUAUCAUCAACUGGCUCAGUACCUUUGAAGGUAUUAGAUUUUGCAAUACGACGUUGUAGUGAUUUUAUUUCAGUUCAAUCACAUGAAGAUAUUGAUAAAGAAAGUGAACAAGUUUGGUCACAUCAAUGGGAUCAAUUUAUUUCUUGGUAUUAUAAAAUUGUACAUAAUGAAGCUAUUUUUCUUGGUACAGAUGCAACUUUUCAAAAGUAUAUCACUGCUGCAAAACAUAUCUUAAAAAGAAUAAGAAAAUACUGGCAACAAUUAGAUAUGGAUGGAAUAUUGAGUAUAUGGAUAUUAAAGCCAGGAAAUCGUAGUCGUGGUCGUGGUAUUGUACUGAUGAAUAAAAUUGAAGAUAUUAUAGCUAAAAUUAGUCCGGCAAAUAAAUCAGAUACACGCUACGUCGUACAAAAGUACAUUGAAAGGCCGUUACUAAUAUACAGUACGAAAUUUGACAUCCGACAAUGGUUUAUCGUGACUUGUGCUCAGCCUUUAACAUUAUGGAUGUACAGAGAAAGUUAUUUACGAUUUUGUUCACAAGAGUUUCGUCUGAAUAAUCUUCAUGAAUCAAUACACUUAAGUAAUCAUGCUGUUCAAUGCAAAUAUAAAAAUAGUCCAAAUCGUGAUAAAGCGCUUCCCAUUGAAAACAUGUGGGAUGCAACAACAUUUAAACAAUUUCUCAAAUCUCAAGGGCACAGCAAUGCUUGGGAUGAAUUAAUUUAUCCAGGAAUGAAACAAAGCCUUGUUGGUUCUUUAUUAGCUAGUCAAGAAGCAAUGGAUCGUCGAAAAAAUAGUUUUGAAUUAUAUGGUGCAGAUUUUAUGGUAAUGGAAGAUUUUUCAGUAUGGCUAAUUGAAAUUAAUAGCCAUCCAGAUAUGAGUUACAGUACAAAUGUAACAACUCGAUUGUGUAAACAGGUCAUGGAAGAUACAAUUAAAGUUGUUAUAGACUUUCGGGAGGAUAAAAAUGCAAAUACCGGUCUGUUUGAGUUGGUUUACAAACAACGAAUGUCAAACUGUCAACCUUAUCUAGGUACUGCAUUAUCUAUUCAAGGAACACGUAUAAAUUGUAAUGAGAAAAAAUUAACUAGUUUGGAUACAAAAAUUAUUUCAAAACUUCCAUUGAAUUGUAUAUCAAGAAAAAAACCUACUGCUAAUCGUCAUAUUGGACCAGUAAUUAUUGAUCUUAUUGAAGAACUAGAGUUCCAAAUAGAUCGCGAAUUACAUUCAUAUUAUAAAGAAAACACUUCGAAUGAUUCUAGUUAUUCAACACCAAUUAUAACGCCCCCUAUUGUUCCAUCACCACAAAAUUCACUACCUCUUGCACCUGUUGAUUUUGAAGGCAAUCCUAGUCCUAAACAUUCAAUAACUUGUAAAAAUUUUGGAACUAGUCCUCAAAAAAUAUUGCCUUCUCGAAAUAUUGAGAAGAUAUCUAAAAGUAGUAGAAUUAGUUAUUCGUCACAGAAGCCAUUAAUGAGAACAAAAAUUGAUAACGAAAUAUUGAAGAAAUCUAAUACAAAACAAAACAUGAUACCAAAAGCAACAUACAAUCAACGUCAAUUAGCUAAAACAGCCGGUAAAUUAAGGACAGAAAAAUUAGCGAAAAAAUCGAGUAAGGAGGAUGAAAAGCUAAUGGGAAAAACUAUUCGUAGUGCUAUAAAUAAAUAUAAAAAGUAUGAAAUAAUCCCUUUAGAAGUACCGCCACUGCCAUCGCUUAUAACACCUCGAAAAUCAGGCAACCGAGUAACUAGAUCCUUCAUUAAUAGCAAGAUAAAAGAUAAUUCGAGUGCUAAAAAUAAACAAGAAACAUCAGAAAUGACAGAUAUGUACGCUGUGGGUCUCAGUUUAACUAAAUGAAAUUUAAAAUAUUUUUUAAAUUCUUUAUCUGUGUACAAGUACUCAUUUCUAUCAAGAACAAAUAUAAAUAAAUUCAUUGAAUGUAUAAAACAUUAUUUAUUUACAUUACAAUCAACAUUGAAGAAUUUUAUUCGGCAGUUACACAUUUAUUAUAUUAGUCCGCAAGUCAUUAACAAGAAUAACAUGACACAAUUAUAUAUUUACUCCAUUAAAACUUUAGAAAUAAAAAAAAAAAGAAUAAGUUGUACAAAACUGUCCUGAAUAUAUGUAUAUAUAUAUAUAAAAUUUAUUCGAUAAAUUUAAGCGACUAAUGUAAUCUUUAUGGACACUUCUCUUGAAUUAAUAAAAAUGUCACAAUCAUAAACAUAUGUAUAUACAUACAUAUAGAGCAGUUGCAAUAUUUUAAGAGAUACAAAUCAGUCCUUAUCGUUCUGAUUGUUUAAUAUAUACACAAAUUAACAUUAUUAAUAUACAGAUUGUGUGAAUUUGAUAACUUCACGACAGUCAAUAACUUGCAAGAAAUGUUAACAAGAAUUUGAUCGAACAAAAGCAGCAAAUAAACAGAUUAUUUGAUGUCUAUAUUAUCGAUCAAACAGCUUGAUUAUAACUUGCAAAUCACUACCUAUGUAAAAAAUAACUCUAAAGGGAUAUCUAACAGCGCAAAAAAAGAUGACUCGAAAUUAAUCUUAAAACUCACGUAACUGGUUUCAAGGUAAAAGAAAGCUUAGGUCUUGAAUUAUUUUUUCCCAAUAUUUUCUUUUGCUCUUCUUUAACUCGCUUUUCUUGUUCUUUUCUCAUCUUUUGCCGCUCUUCUUCCAUAAGUCGUUGUUCUUCAACCAUUGCUAAUCUUUCCUCAGCCUGAAAUUAUCAUUAAAAAAAAUAAUAAUUGGUAAUUAUUUUAUAAUUAAAAAAGUUAAUAACCGAAUUUACCAAUUUCUUUUGAGCCUCUUCAAUUUUCCUGUUGUUUUCCUCCAUGAUCCUUUCGAGUUCCUCACGUUUUUUCCGCUCUUCCUCCUACAACGACAAUAGUACAGUUUUACACCAUGAAAUAAUAGUUAUGGCCCUUAUUGCAGUUAUCACACCAUUUUUUGCUUGUUGUGCUGCUGUUUUAACAGCGUAAUAAGAUAUAAUUCCUAUUAAAUAUUUUUCUGCGUAGGAAGAAAUUGAGAAUAGGGCCCGGAAAAAAUGUUGUAUAGAUAAGGCUGAAAAGUACUAAAUCUUCAAUAAAAAUAAUUUUAUCAUUGUGAUUUUAAAAGUUAACAUUAUUUACGAUAACACAAUAUAAAAAAUGAGUUUUAUAAAAUCCGGGCCUUAAUUUUUUAAUCUUCCCCGCAGCGACUGUACCUACUCUUCAAUGAGUAGAGGAUGUCACGAAGAAAAUAUUUAUUGUGUUGAUAUGUAUGUAUGGUUGAGUAAAUAAUAAUAAUAUAAUUAUUAUUUUUUAAGUAAUGAAAUUAUGAAUAUAUAUAAAUUGGAUAAUACCUGGAUGUAGCUCACACCAGCAUGUAGGGGAUGACUUCUUCAUCAACAAUCACUCGGCAGUGAGUAUAAUACCGGCAUCUUCCGCUGGUAGUCAGUUUAGGAAGCCGACCUAUAUAUUUUUCUAUUGUUGCUUUGUUGCUAUUGGGAUUUUUUACUGAUUUUUUUUUCUCUUUUUAUUAAGAAAAUACUACGAUUUAUAAUUUUCUAUUUCCGUCCGAAUAAUUAAUUAUUAGAGCUCGAUGUAAGUAUUAUGUAUAAGUAUAUAUAUAUAAACUAUAAAUAAGAUUGUUUUGCAUGAUUAAUGUAUUUUAUUGAGCAGAAACUUUUUAGCGAUAUUGAUUAAAGGCAAUUAUAAAUUUACUAAAGGGGCUUUAACUCAACGAUAAUUUUUAGAUAAAAUAUUAAAAAAGAGGAUUGAAAAAUCGCUACAUAGAUAAAACUACAAGCUAAUCAUUUUUUUAUACGCGUUCGAUUACUUAUUAAAUCAUUCCAAAGUAGUCAAUUAUUUUUAUGAAUUUACAUUGUUCAUAACAGUUGAUAAUAAUUACAAAUUGUAGUUUACCAUUGAUCGCGCUUCAUUUAAUUUUUUUUUCUUUUUCUUUUUUUUUAAUUAAAUUAAAAAAUAAAUUUUUAAUAAUAUACAUGUCAUACCGUGAUUUCUAUCAGUGUUAAUAAUAAGUUAAUUAAACGGUAAUAUCAGAUAAAAAUAGGUAGGCAUAUACAGAUAGUACAUGAGAAAAAUAUAUUCUCGGUAAUCCGUAACAAUAGAAUACGUACGUACACGAUACGAAUAACACCUUUUCGUUGCUUCAAGCAACUUUUUGCUGUAUUACAAAUGAUUUGCUACAUUGCUACACUUCAAGUAGACACAGUUUAAAGAUAAAAGUACAUUGGUUUUUUUGAGUUGAAUGUAACUUUAUGAAAACUCAAAAAAACCAUAAAACUUAAAUGCUCGAGCGCUGUGGCAAAUGUAAAAUCGAAUCCUGAAUAUCAACAAAAUCAUUGGCGAUUAUAGUAUACAUUUUAUAAGAGUAAAAAAAAAAAAAAAAACUAAAAUUAUUAAACAUAUUAAGGGUUUAUCCACUGUUAAAUAUUGUAAUUAACUACAUCGUCAACGCAAUUGUCGGAUUGAGGUAGCGACGUUACUUAUGCUCUUACUCAGCGUUCGCGCUAAUAUCAUCCAAUGUUUCUCUGGAUUGGUCUUACCUCUCUUCGUUUUUCCUCCUCGCGGAGUUUAGCCUGGCGCCAUUCCAUUUCUUCCAUCAUUUGACGUUCAAUGGCUCUUUUAGCCUCUUCUACUCGUCGAUGAACUUCCGCCUCAAUCUCCUCCUUACGUUUUUCUAGUUCUUCUUCUACCCUUUUUUGGACAAGCUCUUCAAUACGUUUAGCAGCCUCUUCCUCCACUAACUUUUGCUCCGUUUCUCGCUGUCGC